AUGUCCCGGUCUAGUCAGCAUGUAGUGGGAAUUCACUAUGCUGUGGGGGCGAAGAUUGGGGAAGGUUCAUUUGGUGUUAUAUUUGAAGGUGAGAAUAUUUUGAACAGUGGUAGUAGUGGCAGAGAGGACGACUUUGGCAGAAGACCAUCAGCACCCGUUGCAAUUAAGUUUGAGCCACGCAGAUCCGACGCACCACAGCUGAGGGACGAAUUUAGGGCAUAUAGGAUUUUAAACAAUUGUCGAGGUAUUCCGCAUGCGUAUUAUUUCGGACAAGAAGGCAUGCACAACGUUUUAAUUUUAGAUUUACUGGGACCAAGUCUUGAAGAUCUUUUCGAAUGGUGUGGUAGGAAAUUUUCUAUAAAGACUACAUGUCUCGUUGCUAAACAAAUGAUUGAUCGUGUUAGAAUUAUUCAUGAACACGAUUUAAUCUACAGAGAUAUUAAACCCGAUAAUUUUCUCAUUUCUGAAUUCCAAAGAACUUUACCGGAUAGACAAAUUGUUAAAGAUGUUGCAUUGUCAGCUGGUGGUGAUCCUAAUUUAAUCUAUAUGGUUGAUUUUGGUAUGGCCAAACAAUACAGAGAUCCGAGGACGAAACAACACAUUCCGUAUCGUGAAAGAAAAUCCCUGAGUGGUACGGCUAGGUAUAUGUCUAUCAAUACACAUUUUGGACGCGAGCAGUCUCGAAGAGAUGAUUUAGAAUCAUUAGGACACGUCUUUUUCUAUUUCUUAAGAGGCUCACUACCAUGGCAAGGUUUAAAGGCUUUAAACAAUAAAUUGAAGUACGAAAAAAUCGGACUUACGAAGCAAAAGUUAAAUCCUGAUGAAUUAUUAAUGGAUUUCAUCCCAGCGCAAUUUGGAGCAUAUUUAAAAUAUGCGCGCUCCUUAAGAUUUGAAGAAGAACCCGAUUAUGAUUAUUUAAUCUCAUUAAUGGAUGACACCCUACAUUGUAUGGGUAUGGAAGACGAUGGUCAUUACGAUUGGAUGGAUUUAAAUGAUGGUCAAGGUUGGAACAUAAAGGUUAAUAAAAGGGCUAAUUUACACGGAUAUGGUAAUGCUGUGCCAAGACAUGACCAUCAGCAGAAUGUGAACAACAAUAACGCUAAUGCAAAUGCUAACGCAAAUGCAAAUGUCAAUGCUAACGAAAAUUCCAAUUUAAACUUAGCUCAAGGUAAUUCACCGUACGUUAAUAACACUAACGGCAAUGGCAAUCUAGUGGGUAAUAAUAACAACUUACAGAAUUCUAAUGCAGCUAUGGCCGCUAGCUUGGGUAAUACACCAAAAAGUAGACCUCAUUCAAGCCAUAGAAAUUCGUUGACUUAUGCAAAACAAAAACUGAAGUUGGCUAACAGCUCACCAAUUGCAGGUGUGAAUCCAACAUCACAACCGCCAAAUAGAAAUAGAACUUAUGAUUCAAUGGGCAGCCAUGCGCUAAAAUCUCAAACAAACGGAAUGUACAAUGAUUACAGAGGCGGUGGUGGUAUGAGAGUAGAUGAUCCAAACGCAAUGUACUAUCAUAGACAAAUGUUGCAACGACAGCAACGCGCUCAACAACACCAACAACUGAUACAAAGAUCCCAGGAAGAUGAAGGUCUCUACGAAGAUGCAGGUUUUUGCUCAAGGGUUUGCUGCGGUUGGUGCUGA